UUGUUCUAAACACGUAUUUGAAAUGAAGUUGAUGUUGGCAGUUUGUUUGGGGCUCUGCCUUGCAUUGGGCCACGUAAAUGCAAAUUGCUCGGAUGUCUGUUCCGAUACUGAGGAUGUUGUGUGGGCCAUGGGAGCAGGCUGCCAAGUCUUUCGCAAUAAGUGUUACUUUGAUAAGGCGAACUGUACUCGACGGCCAGCCCUGACUGUCAGUACCAAGGAGGAGUGCCAAAAGCACUGCAGUACUGCUUGCCCACAGAUUUAUGCUCCAGUCAAGGGCACCUACAGAGGAGAAGUGAAAUUCUUUGGAAAUGCGUGCGAAAAGUUGGAAUAUACUUGCGCAACCGGUGAAACAUUUUUGGACUGAUAAUUUUCAGAAAAUGAUUUAUAAAUGGACACCUACGCAGCUAGUGGAAAAAUCCGAAAUAAAACAUUUUAUGCAAAUUCCAAUUCUCAAAAAUUA